GUUGAUCGGAGGAAGAUGAAGAGGAAAAUACAGAGUUUGGGAGAGCUUCAGAGUUGCACAGAAAUGGUCAUGACGAAUUGAUCCGAAGAUAUUCCGAUUUCGGGCUUGCACCUCAGCUUUGAUCUCGCGACGAGCUUGUUUCCUUGUCUAAAGUACUGUCGAUAUGCAUGGUCUAUUUGCUGUAUCCUAGUGGUCGAUGGAGAGCCUUUAUGUUGGUGUCGCAGGUUCAAGACCUCUUUGAUCGAGCGAUGUGCUGUUGGUUUUCGUGCAUCUGCGUAGUUUUUGCUUCUUCUCCCGACUCGCGACCAGUGGAUCAAGUGGUCAUCGAUGGGCGUCACCAACCUCUUGAGGACCUACGUGAGGGUGAGACGAGGCAGUCAUCACCCCUUGCAACAUCGACUUCUGCUGUCACGCGGCAACACGCUGCAUUGAAGCCCGAGGCGAGAGAAAGAGCUUUUUAAUCAAGAGGCAAAGAGGAGACAGGGUUAUCAUACAAGUGACUUGUGAGUCUUGAAUAUUUCUUCGUU